AAAGUUUGACAAUCAAAAUAACCUCAAAAUCGUGACAAUAAACAAAUAAAUCAAUGUUGCGCGGGGGAAAAAAAUGACAAUAUAAUCCAGUGCAAAUAAAUACAUAUAUAUAUAUACCCCGCACGCGAUAUUAUGUAACACUCGAGUCAACCAUUUGAGUUCAAUUCCUUUUUUUUGUUUGUUUGUUUCUUUCUUUUUUUUUCUAUAAGAGAGUGAUAGAGAUAAAAAAUGAUUUAUCAAUCGUUUCAUGCGCAAAGAUGUUUUUCUAUUUAGAAAAAAAGAAAUUUUUUUUUUCUUAUUAUUUCACGCGCAAUGGACUGUGUGACAGUGAAAAUUUUAUUUUUUGCUAAAGCACGUGAAUUAUCCGGUGUUAAGGAGUGUAAUUUAAUGACAAUUAAAGAAAUAUCGUAUAGAAAUUUAAAGAAAAUUAUUGUCAAUAAAUUUCAUUUAGAAAGUAUUUGUGAUAAUUUAAUAUUGGCAUUAAAUGAAAAUUUUGUUUCUGAAGACAUAAUAUUUAAUCUUAUCGAAAAGGACGAAAUUGCUGUUAUUCCACCUUUAAGUGGAGGUUUAAAAUAA